AUGAGUGGCACCACUGCACCCCCAACGGCUGUGCUCGGCCUGGGUUUGGACGUCAGUGGUCGGUGGCAUCAAAGAGCCGUCCAAAAGAGCAGAGCUUUGGUCCAGACCUAUCUGCUCACCAGCUCUGUGCACCCUCCACCCACAGCAGGAGGAAGCAAGGGGACCAGGACCCCCGUAAGGCUGCCCUCACUGGUCGCUACAGCCAAAGGGCCCCGCAGGCGAAGCAGCAUGGCUCGUCUCAGCCUCAGUGAGCCGUCCCUCCUCACCCCAAAUGAGAGCAUCCUUUUCGAGGGAUUCUCAAGCAACCGUCACCCCAGUGUUUUACAAAAGCGACCCCCACCUCCUCCACUUUCCAAGUCAUCAGUCCUGCUCCCCUGCAAGACCUGCCACCCAUCAGGGACCAGCCAGCCCCACCAGCAGCAGAACAACCAGCAGGUCCAAAGCUGCAGCAGACCAGCCUAUAUCCACUUCUCCCAGGCCAUCCAGCCAUCCACCAAGCCAAAACCAGCGAGACGUCAUUCACACAACCCUGCCCUGAGCCCAGAGAUGGUCCAGGGUGAUCUCCGACCUUUAGUGAUGCAGUAUCGCAACUCACCGUCCCAGGGAGAGCCUUUGUCUAUCAUUGGGAAGCCUUGUCUCCCGAGCUGCAGUGAACGCCCCUCUCUAGCUGCAGGUUCAGCUCGCACUCAGCUUCAUGUGUUUCUGCCCACAGAGGCUGAAGGAGAGGAGGUGGACAGUGAGUCUGUGGAUGAAGGCUUCAUGGACGAGUUGGACAGUAAGAUAACUUCUCUGAAGCUCCAGCAGGGAGCAUCAAAGACACUUACAUACCACUAA